UACCUAGCUCAUUUAAAGCCCAUUUUCAUUCGCUACACAUCACCAAAUCUAGGGUUAGCCUGCCAGUGAAAAAUCUCUCCUUCUGUAACUCGCGCCUCUCUUGCUGCAGUUUCAGGCUUCAGCUACACCAGCUUCCUCGAGAAACAGCUCUCAAUCAUGGCGGAGCAGACUGAGAAGGCUUUUCUGAAGCAACCUAAAGUGUUUCUAUGUUCGAAGAAAUCUGGGAAGGGAAAGAGGCCUGGCAAAGGUGGAAAUCGAUUCUGGAAAUCCAUUGGAUUGGGUUUCAAGACUCCCAGAGAAGCAAUUGAAGGUUCGGUUAUUAUACUUUCAUUUAUAUGUAUAUGCAUCACUUCUGGGUGCUCGUAUUUGUGGAUGUUAAAUUUUAGUAGCUGAAAUGGAGUCUAAAUUAUCUGCUACUUAGUGUUGAAUGCAUCUGCAGGUGGAAUAAACAAGUAGUCUUUUAUCU